AUGUAACGAUAAGACUAAUAAAAGAAUCAGGAAAUGAUUGUUAAAUUCCUUAACUUUUGUGCUACUUUGAUUUAAAAGAAUGUGAAGGGAUACAUUUAGAGAUAGAGACAUAAAAUUAUUAUGAUGCAUAUCAGAAGAUUCAAGGCUAUUUUAAAUGGAUUCAUUCAAGGAUAUAGGACAAGAUAAAUAAUGAAAGUUCCUGAUGUGGCCAAGUUGAGAUAAAAUAUUAUCGAAACUGAUGAUGGAACAUAUGGAAAUCCCUAAAUAAGAUAAAAAAAGAUAACCUUGAUUAGAAUGAUCGAUAAUUAUUUGCAGAAUGGUCAAUUCUAUAAAAAACUAAAAAGAGUCAAAAGUUCUUAAAAAUAAUUCGUACGUAAUCAAUGGAUGGAUAACGAAUUUGUUAAUUAAGACUAAAACUACUAAUAAAAUUAUUACAAAAAACCUUCAAAAUAACAACCCAAACAAAAUUAAGUCGAACAAUAAUAUUACGAUUAAUUAAUUCAAAACGAAUAUACAGAACAGCCAUAGGCAUAUUAUCAAGAGUAUAUGUAAUAGCAAUCAUAAAUUCGUGAUAAAAGUCAUUCUAACUCAAACUUAUCAGGAUAAUAUAAUUAAUCUUAAAGAUAUGAUUAUUAUUAAGAUGAAAGACCAAUUAAAUCGAAAAAUCAAAACAAUUAUCAGCCUCAAGAAAGGAUAACCCCUGAACGGAAUUCAUAUGAUGAUGAUAGACCAAUAUGUGGAAAAGGCAAGUACUAAUACCAAGAGGACGAUAGACCAAUAAAUGGAAAGAACAAUAACACAUAGAAUUUUUAUGAAGAUGAAAGACCUAUAAAUGCAAAAAAUAAUAAUAAUUAUUAUGAAGAUGAGAGACCAAUAACUGCCAAAACCAAAAACACAUACAACCAAUAUGAGGAUGAAAGACCUAUCAAAUCUGGAAAAGAUAAAUAUUAAUUAGAUUAGGAAUAGUUUCCAAAUGAUGACAGACCAAUAGCUAGCACAGGAAAAUAUUAAUAAUAUGAAGACGAAAGACCAUUAGGAGGGGGUAAAGGAUAAUAUAAUCUACCUGUUGAUGAUAUGCCCAUUAGUGGGAAGGGUACUUAUGGUGAGUUUGAAGAAGAAGCAGAAGCUCCUCCUAAGAGAUAAAAGUAACCACCUAAGAAAAAAAAGGAUUAGAAAAAGGAGAAUAAAUAAAUGGAUGUUCCAUAAAAGGAUAUCUAUGAUAAUUAAAAUGAAAAUGAACCACCUUUUGGAAGAGUUUAAAAUGAAGAUUAAAAUGAUCAGGAGAAACCAAAACCAAAAAAGAAAGAUCCUAAACUCUUGGAAAAUCUCAAAAAGAGGACUAAAUAUGAUCCAAGAAAAGCAAUCUAAGAAGCUAAGAAAAAACAAGAAGAACAAUAAUAACUAGAAUCAGUGGAUGUUGAAGAAGUGAUAGAAGAGAAGGAAGUUAUACCAUAACAAUAAUAAUAAAUACCCUCUAAAAAGUAAGUGUUAUCAUAAAAAAAUCUGUAAGAGAAACAAUCAUUAUCAUCACCAAAAUCAAGUAAAAAUAAUCUUAGUGCUACUCCUGAAAAACAAACACCCAGAAAAGAAUAAAUUGAAGAAGGCUCUCCUAAAGAUGAUGGUUCAGAUCAAAAACCAAAAAACUUUUUAAAAAGAAAAUCUAAAUAGAUCCCAUUAAAAAAUCCAAAAGUAGAUCCUAAAACGGUUAAAUCAAAAGUUAAAAAUUGUUGGAAUGCUGGAAAUACUAUAGAAGAUCCAGAACUUGAUGGUACUGAAGACAUUCCCUAGAGUCCUAAAGCCUAUAUUAACAAUAAAUCUCCCUCUAGAAGAUUUGAAUAAAAGGGAUCAGAUUUACCAUUAAAUUACUAAUAAUAAUUAUUAUAAUAAUAAUAGCUAAUAUAACAAUAACAAUAGAUUUAACAGAAUAAGUCAUAGGGUCCAUUACAUGUAUAGGUUUAAUUAGUGCAAGAGAAUCAAUCCUAAUUUUAAAUCAAUCCCAGUCAACAAGCUAAUCAAUAGUAAAAAAGGCAGUCGAUUCAACUUGACGAAUUGGAAAGAGCGUAUUAUUCAAAGUAUACUUAAAAAUUAGACACUACUAAAAUGAAUCUUAAGGUUUUGGAUCAAGAGAGAUUAGAAAAUCCGAGAGGAGUUCCAAUAAUUACAACAAAAUCCAGAUUUUUUACUUCAUUCAGAGUUAACGAUUUCGAAAGACUCUUGGCAUAGUUAGAAGAAUAAUAUAACAAAUUGCAAAUAUAAAAAUGA